AUGCCUCGAUCAGCUAGUUCAGUUGGUUCGUCUUCUCGAUAUAAUCCCUAUAGUCGUGAGGGUCGACCGAUCCAUGAAAGUCAGUAUCAGCAGCAAUCAGAGGCCCUGCACAAUGUCAGUGACCUCUCUCGUAUCCGUGCGAUUGACGAUGACAUCGAACGCUUAUACCAGGCGAGAGAUGUCCUAGUCGAGAGAGUAGGUCCGCUCGAUCUCGUUCAAUUCCUCUCCAACAGCGAAGCUGAGGAUUUCGACGGAGACGGGAGACGCACCCGUCCCACGUGGGCCAUGCUUCGCCAGCUCAUCCGUCAGAAGAAGAGUGCUCUCAAGAAGGUUCGUAUCCUCUUUGAGAAAUUCGAGUCACUUGAGAGAAGCACGUCUACGCUCAUCACCAUGAACUGUGCCAACACUGUAAAGCGCUGUCUCGAAGAGAAAGAAAUGGUUCAGCGGGAUCUUCGACUUGCGCAGAGCGAGAUACGUAUGUUGAGAUUUACCACCAAGCUUGACGAGAUGAGCGGGGAACAGGAUAUCACUAAGAAGCAGUAG